AUGGCAGAACAUAGCCCCCCUCCCGACCUAGGGAGAGUGUCGUUCCUCCGUCGCCACCUCCUAAGGACCCCGACUGCCAGCUCGUCCUGCUCGUCGCUACACGAGAUGCCGCGGACUAGGAAGUUGCGCAUGCUCGUGGCAGCAAACGGACAACGAGACGUCGCAUAUGCGCAGGCCAUCGCCGUCAGGCUGCUCAAGGACUCGCAAGUCGAGACCCGGGCGCUGAUGGACGAGAUCCCCUUGCGACUAACCCACGAGAUCAUCGUCAUGGAAAACCGAAGCCUGGCGACCCUGGCGAUCGAUGCCGAUCAGAGGACGCGAGAGGCGAUAGAGGCAGCGAGACAGACGGCCUACGAGCUGGUGGACUGGGCCGAUAUCCUGGUGCUCGCCCCGAUCGACGCCGACCACCUCGCCAAAAUGAUGAGCGGUAUCUCCGAUACCCUGCUGCUGGAGGUGCUGCGAGCUUGGGAUGUCUCGAAGAAGAUCCUCCUGGUGCCGGGCAUGUCCAUUCAGAUGUGGGAGAAUCCCAUGACCAAGAAGCAGCUCAGCAAGAUAAAACGGAAGUGGGACUGGGUCAUGGUCAUGUCCCCCAUACUUUGGUCGUACGAUAGCGCCACACCGUCGAAGCGCAUAGUGUCCUGGGACGGCUUCAAUGAUGUCGUUGGGAUUAUCAAGAAUCAGGCAGAGCUUUUGAGCCUGGGCCACGACGUCGAGGCCGCUGCCCAACAGGCCUUGCAUACGGCCGACCCGAGCAAGGUGGCAACCAUCCUACCUCCUGAGAUAUGGACCAUGAUUUUCGAAUAUGUCGGCGACUGGGAGUUGGCCCACGCCCUCAAUGUAUACACCAACCUACCGACGCCAUCAGAAUGGCGUACUACCCGUGCUCGCCUUACCGAUCCCUACGACCUAUACAACCAUGACCUGGAAUGGCUGAUCCUCUCUUGCCCGGGGUCCACGGCGAUUUGCCAGAAGCUUUCAGAAGCACCCCAAGAUAUUUUGAUUUCGCCCCUUGCGGUGAAACUGAUCAUCAAGUUCUCCUUGACCGAUGUCUUGACCUAUCUAGAAAACCACCUCAGCCAAGUCUUCUGGGCUUCUUUCCACUCCAAACUACUUCCCAACAAGGCUUCUGGUGUCUACGGCAGGACAGAUAUCUUAGAAUGGUGGAAUAUGUCCCCAUCUUUCCUGAAGAAAGAAUACGAUGCAGAGGCCCUCGACAACGCCUCCCGGAUGGGAUACGUCCAUGUCUUGGACUGGUGGCUGCAGUCCGGCCUCCCCCUUAAAUACACCGAAGCAGCUUUGGAAUCCGCUUCUGCGAGGGGCUAUCUGUUAAUCCUAGAGUGGUGGCGGGAUGCCGCCAAGAAGGAUGACAGCAUUAUCCUAAAGCCUGGCCGUAGUCUUCUUGCGGCGGCCCAGCAGGGUCAAACAGCUGUGUUGAGGUGGUGGGAGUCUUCCGGAGUGCCUGUGGCACAUGGAGACGGAGUGCCAAAGAUUGCGAGCGCUCACGGACACACGGGCGUGCUGGAUGCUUGGCGCGAGCUGAAGGGCGACAAGCUGUCGAUCGACUGCCAGGUGCUCGUGGCACCGACAAAGCAGGGACAUGUCAAUGUGCUGGAGUGGUGGAAGCAGUACGCCAGAGGUGAACAAGGAGAUGGACGAACCAACCGGGUGGAGUACAAGACCUGUGACAUCGAGGAGGCUCUGGAGGACGCCAUUGGUGAUUCAAGGCCAGUUAGGACGUGGUGGGCUAGGAAUGGACUGAACCUCGGCUUGGGCACAAGUGAGUGGAUGAAGACCAGAUGUCUAUAG